AUGAAACUUUUGAUGUGGGCCUUAAGCUCAUAUCUGUCAUUAGUUUUUUUUGUUCAACCUACAGAAACUGCUACCGUUAUCUCUUAUCCGGAACAUCAAGUUUGGUCUUAUUUGCAAACAGUGUCUAAAGCAAACAUUACUUCCAAAUGUGCCAGCUCAUUAAACAAGGUUAGAAAAAUUUGUAAGAUUGAUAAUUUAAGAUUAUUUCAAAAAAGUUUCUAAUCUUUAAGUCUUUUCAAAAAACUGAUUUUUAGGUCGAAACCUAUUUAAGCGACAAAUCAACGUUAGAAGCUCAACGAUCGUUUUAUUCUCAGUCGUUUGGUACUGGAGAUGCUACACAAUUUACAUCAAGAGAUCAAGAUCGGUGGAUUUAUAGAGCAUUUGAGUGUCUUCAAGCUGCUGGAGAGACAGCCUAUAGUGCAUCCCAAUAUCCGUUACAUUACUGUUACGGUUUUAACAACGAACAACGGGAGACCGCUUAUGGAAUAUGCAUACCUAGCACGUGCGCUAACGACAGACAAGUGGUAAUUUAUUAAAUUUGUUACAUAUGAAAAAGUUAAAAAUAAUUACUAUAAAACUAGGCGACUAAAUAAGAUAAUUUUACAUUAUUCUUAUAAUAAUACUUUUUAGAAAAGUAAUUAUUAAAAAAAUUUUAGUGUCUCACUUUUCAAAUUUUUUUUAAUGAUUAAAUUUUAGUUACUAAAAGAAUGGCAAUCUGCAGCAUCAAAAAGACAAGACAAUUUAACGCUUGAUUAUGAAGAUUGUACAAAGUCUCGACACGCUUUGCAGUGGUAUCAACAGAUUACUCCAUUACUACAAUUUUCUUCCGAUAUAUUUUUGUAUAUGUUAGUUGGUCUUGCGACUUUGUACCACAUGAAGAAAGGUGAUCAUGCUAAGUAUGUAUUUUAAAACACCUUCGGCAGUCCCUAGCGGGGUGGCAGAUUUUAUAAAAAAUAUUUAUUUUAAAUUAACAAGGAAAGACCUGCCCCGCUCUGAUUGACUUCGAAAUUUUUAUAUAGAAAGAUCAUAUAAAUAUAAAAUGUUCAGCAAAGUACUAAAUCGCGCUUUCCAGGAAAUCUCGAGAAAAUAGAGAUUAAAAAAUGACAUUUUGAAUUUCCCGCCAAGUUGGCAUUGUGUAUCAAACUUGUAACUUUGUCAUUUUUUGACUUUUAAUAGUUUUUCUUUGAUAUACUGGUAGAUAACCUUUGAAUGAACCUACAUUUUUAAAUUUGUAAUCGUAUCUUGUCUGGAAAGCCGAAAAAAGUGCUUGAAACACAAUGCCAAAUUUGCCAAAUUGGCAAGAAACUCAAAUAAUUUAAAUUUAAAACACAAAAACGCGAGCUAAAAUUUUUUAUGGGACUAUUGGUGGUACAAAGAAUUCAUAUAAAAAUUUUGAGCUGAUUCUGAGCGGGGCAGGUAGGGUACUUUCCUUUUAAAUAUAGUAUUUUUUGAAAAUUUGCGUUGUAAUGAUUAGACAUUUUAGGUCAAUGGAAACACAAUUUUUGUUAGCUUUUUCAUUGAAAAAAAAUCUUAGCAAGUUGAUUCAAAUGCCGAAAGACGCUCAAAGUACCAUAACGUGUAUGUUUGGACUAAGGUUUUUAUCCAUGGUGUGGACACUGGUAGGACAUUCAUUUAUCUUUGUUCAAGCAUUUAUCGAAAAUGUGGACGAUUUUAAAGCUGAUUUGGUUGACAACUUUUGGAAUCAAAUCAUCACAAACUUUACUUUAUCCGUCGAUGUUUUCUUAGUGUUGUCUGGAACUUUGACCGCUUACUCAUGGUUUAAAAAGUGGCAAAAAAAUACAACUGAAGUCGAGCCGUCGUGGACCUCAUACGGCUUCUGGUUAAGGUUUUAUAGACAUCGUAUUGUGAGACUUUACCCGGCAUAUGUGUACACCUUAAUCGCCGUAACAAUGAGAGUAUCGGUCACACAUUAUCAUCCCAUGUGGCCACCAACUGACCCAGCUGUACAAUGCCCAAAACAUUGGAUUGAAAAUAUUUUAUUUAUUAACUCUCUGACUGAUAAUCGCUGUAUGCCUUGGACAUGGUAAGAUUUGUUUUUGUAGUUUUUUUAUAUUAAAAAAAGCAAUUUACACUUGACAGUUUUUAAAGGACCACAGACCAUAAAUGCUCUGGCUUUUUAUUAUGUUUCAAACCAGACUAACGGGGCCCUUCGGGUUAUGGUCUGGCUGUGUUAUUUUACUUUUGUUAUAACUAUAAUAUCAAGGAAAUCCAGGAACUGAACUUUUUUUGGCGCUAGUGUUCUCGGAGGGGGCGGGGACUCUUCUUGUCCCCCGCGGGUUUUUUUUAAAUUGCGGGAUUCUCGGCCCGCGGGAAUUAAAAAUUUGAUGUGAAAAUUUAAAAUGUAAGUGUUUACAGGUAUAUUGGAACGGAGUUUAUAUUCUAUUUGCUAGCGCCUAUCUUCCUAUUGACAUUACGACGUAACCCAUCGUUAGGUCUUACCAUUUCACUAGGGACGAUAAUUGUGUCGGCUAUUUUGAAUGUUAUAUGUAUGCUUGUUUACAAUUUCCCGCCAACGCAAUUGUUAUGGAAACAACCAGCCAUCUUCAACCCCGAUUUUAUUUUACAUCAUUUAGUAAUUUAUAUCAAGCCGUGGUACAGGAUUGGUCCAUAUAUUGUUGGAAUUUUGCUGGGUUAUCACUUGGCCGGAUUCCAAGCACAGACGCAAAAGAAGUCUAGAAGUUUAAAGUUCAUUUUUGUUGGAUGGACAAUAUCUGGUGCAAUGUUAUUCUGGGGAUUAUUUGGAGUUUACCCGGCUUUGCAAGGUAAACUUUACGUUACGAUUUUUUUUAAUAGGUAUAAUUUUUCACGGCCAAUUGAAAUUUUUUGGAGGUGUUUUUAAUUUUUUAAAAAUCUUAUUGUAUUUAGAAUAUUUUGAUUUUUUAAAUAUUAUAUCUUUUUAGGAUGGGAUUGGCCUAUAUAUCAUAUUGUUUAUGGAGCAACCCAUCGUACAGUUUUUGCCUUGGGAUUAUCAUGGUUGAUUUAUGCGUGUCACACUGGGCUUGGUGGACCAUUAAACAGAUUUUUGUCAUGUCGCGUAUUUUUACCUCUUUCAACACUUUCAUACUCUGUUUACCUAAUUCAUAUGAUACCGGUGGUUUUCACUUAUCUUGUUGUCCCAUUCCCACUACACUACACGGCAAAAUGGAGGUACUUUAUACAUUGUUUUGUGCAACUGUGUAUAUCAUAUGUAUUUGGAACGCAGUGCACUUUGAUGGCCGAACUACCUGUGUUGAAUAUAGAAAGAAUUCUGUUAACAAGAGACCGAAAGUCUACUUUAAAGCCGGUGCCACAAGCUGACUGUGAAUUACAACUAAAGCCGGCUGAUGAGAAUGUCACGGAUUCUGGAUCACCAAAUGCCAUCUCUCCAAACAAAUAA